GGCGACUGGCACUGUUAGUCUUCCAUAGAGGAAGUUGGUGUAGUCAGAGAAGAGUAGAAACAGUAGUCAAAGCUACGGUGUUUUCUGCUGUAUUCACAGGUGAGAAGCAGUCGUCUGGAAGCGGAGGGGGCCGAGGGGAGCUCCAGGCUGGAUUGAAGAGAAGAGGCUGGGGCAGCACAUACUGCCAAAGAAACAUGGACCCCAAGCGUGAAGUUCAGGUGAAUCUGGUGUUGGGCCACAGAGUCCAACUAAGAGAGAAAGAAGCAUCAGAAGACUCAACCCACAACCUGACUGUUUUUGUCAGAGGGUCACAGACUGUGAACAUCAAGCACUUUGUAGAAAAAGUUGUCUUCCACCUGCCUAAGAGCUACCCCGAACCCAAGAGAGUGUGCAGGGAGCCUCCAUACGAAGUGGUGGUGAUGGGCUCUGCAGGCUUCCUCAUGCAUAUUGAGGUUUUCUUCCAGAACAAGGAGCAGCCAAAAAAGGUGUGUUUCAAGUACAACCUAAUCCUUGAGCCCGAGGGUGACCACCUGCGCAGUGAGACGCUCACGUUCAACAACCCCGCAAAAGACUUUAGGAGAAAGCUGACCAAAGCUGGAGGGGUAAUAGUGGUUCCACAGGAGACUGAGGCUGCAUCAAGGUCCAGUCCAGACUCCUCAAUACCCCCAACGAAGAAGAUCAAGACCUCUCAUGUGACAGAGGAACCCAGCAAAGAUGGAAGCGAUGGCAGCAUCCACGCCGACACAGGAGCACUGUGAACGGCCUGAAAAGACUCUGAGAGCAAAGCUACUCAAAAGCAGACAACAGAGGUGGAAGCAGCAAGAGCUGUUGUUUUUGUCUAGAACGUGCACGCACAGGCUGAGCUACAACAUUUCUCAAUGAUCAUUUGCAAAUACUGUGUCAAGCCAUUCUCUACAUGUGACUGUUCUACACUGAACUCCUGUCUGCUGAGUGGAUAAGUCAGUAUUGUUUGGGGGGAACCACUAAUAAUAGUACAACUAGAAUAUCUGAAGAAGCUUUGUAUGUGCCUACAGACUGCUGCUCCACAUUUGCCUAAAAAAAAUUGUUUUUAGCUGCAAUCUGUUUGAUGGAUGAGAUGCAUCAUCCAGAAUUUGUUGCAGCAUAUUUGACUCACUUCAGACACAGUUUGUAGAGAAGCAGGGUGGCCAGAUGUAUAAUGCAGCCUGUCCUGGACUGACAAACCAGUUGUGUCUGCAGAUAUGCUGAAUAUGAAGUCUUGAGAGUUUCCCCCCCCCCCCAAAUUGUUUAUUAAAUGUAUUUAAUGUUUGCUCAGGUUUUUAUUACAUCUUCCAAUGCAGGAUACAGUGACUGAAGAAUUUUUGUUAUCAAGUGAAAGUGAUGUACUGUAAUAUCUACUGAACAUUCUUGAUUUUUUUUCAUGAAUUGUAUUUGUUGGUAAGUUUUAAGUUUGUUCUUUUUCUAUAAUAAAACUCUAUGAUGUGU